GGCCAGGAUGAGCUCGUGCAGCAGCCGGGCGCUGACGCUGCUGAGCAGCGUGUUCGGGGCCUGCGGGCUGCUGCUGGUGGGCAUCGCGGUGAGCACCGACCAUUGGCUCUACAUGGAGGAGGGGGUGGUGCUGCCCCAGAACCAGAGCACCGAGGUGCGGAUGGCGCUGCACGCGGGGCUCUGGAGGGUCUGCUUCUUCGCCGGGCGGGAGAAGGGUCGCUGCGUCGCCUCCGAGUAUUUCCUGGAGCCCGAAAUCAACCUCGUGACGGAGAACACGGAAAACAUCCUCAAGACGGUGCGCUCGGCCACGCCGUUCCCCAUGGUCAGCCUCUUCCUCGUCUUCACGGCCUUCGUCAUCAGCAACGUGGGGCACAUCCGGCCCCAGCGCACGCUGCUCGCCUUCGUCUCGGGCAUCUUCUUCAUCCUCUCGGGGCUGUCGCUGGUGGUGGGGCUCGUUCUCUACAUCUCGAGCAUCAACGACGAGGUCAUGAACCGCCCCGGCGGCUCCGAGCUCUUCUUCCGGUACCGCUAUGGCUGGUCCUUCGCCUUCGCCGCCUCCUCCUUCCUGCUCAAGGAGGGUGCGGGUGUGAUGUCCCUGUACCUCUUCACGAAGCGCUUCGCGGAGGAGGACCCGUUCCGCGCGCCGCCCGCGCUGCUCCGCCCGCGCCUGAGCGCAUGCUCGGGGCUGUCGGGGCAGUUCCUGCAGCCGCGCGCCUGGCCCCGCCCCCGCAGCCCCUCCGAGGCCUCCUCCGACGUCUCCAUCCGGAUGACCCAGAGUUACCCCCCCGCCAUCAAGUACCCGCCCCGGGCGCGGCUCAGCACCUCCCCCUGCUGA